GAAUCUUAGGUAGCGCAUUUCACUCCCUCCAGAUUAUCAUAAGCCACGUGGCGGUAAAUGAUUUGAUGAGUUUUAUAUUCCAAGCAUCCUAGUGUAAAGCAGCCAGUCAUCUAACGGUGGAUAAGAAAACCUUCCAUACUUCUAUGAAUUUGAGCCGUGAGAUUAAUUCUCGCGAUAUUAACCGUAGGAUGAGGUUGAUGUGACGAUCUUACCGUAAUUACGAAUUGAAUUUCAAAAGCUAGAGAGGGAGAAAGGGAGAGACAAAGGCUCUUUCUUCUUCUUUGAAAAGAUCCCCUCUUUUCUCCGUCCGUCCAUACGUAUAGAGGAUUUACACGCAUGCGUAUGUAACUGCGAAUCGAGAUUUUGUGGAUUAAGUUUGAAAAUUCCAGCUGAUAUUGGGGCGAUUCUUCUCUUUUCUGUGAAUGACUGAAUGUCACUGUGUGAAUGACAUAGCUUCUUACUCUCGGAUUUUGAAUUUUUAAGAUUUUCAAUUCUAUGAAUUUCGAGGAAUUUCCGUGAGAAUUUCGCAGGAGAAUCAGUGAAUUUUCGAGGAUCUUUUUGUACUAUUUGUUUUUGAAUGGAGAAAACUGAGGGAGGGGAUUUCCCUCCAAAGAAAGCUCAAACGGAGCCGGCAGAUACAGCGGCUAGUGCUCACUUGGUAACGGAUUAUCCGGCGAAGAAGCUAGCGAGGCAGCUGGAUUUCACGGGAUUCGGGGGAGCUGCGGCGGCGGCUUUGCCGGAACAAGCUAAGCAGAUUCAACAGCAGGUAAUGAAGUCUGGUCAGUUACCAGUGUCGAUGAAGUCAACACAGAUGACAAGGCCACAAUUACAGACACAGACACAGGCACUGCCGCAAUCGCAGCAACAACAUAUACUGUUGAUGCCGAUGCAACAAACUCCAGUGCUGCCUCCUCAUCCUUCAAUAGGACCUGUGAAACCUGAAUCACCAAAAGCCAGGUCAAGGCAAAGUGCCAAUGAAGCAAAAGAUGGUACACCUAAAAAGCCAAAGCAGUGUAACUGCAAACACUCUCGAUGUUUGAAGUUGUAUUGUGAAUGCUUUGCUUCUGGCAUAUACUGUGAUGGGUGCAACUGUGUCAAUUGUCAUAAUAAUGUCGAAAAUGAGCCUGCUAGGCGAGAGGCAGUUGAAGCUACUUUAGAGCGUAAUCCGCAUGCAUUCAGGCCUAAAAUUGCCAGCAGUCCACACGGAGUUCGAGAAAAUAGGGAGGAAGCUGGGGAUGGCUUAGUACUGCCAAAGCAUAAUAAAGGCUGCCACUGCAAGAAAUCAGGUUGCCUUAAGAAGUACUGUGAGUGCUUCCAAGCCAACAUUCUUUGCUCUGAAAAUUGUAAAUGCAUGGACUGCAAAAAUUUUGAAGGAAGCCAAGAGAGGCAGGCUCUUUUCCAUGGAGAUCAUGCCAACAACAUGGCAUAUCUCCAGCAAGCAGCAAAUGCUGCUAUAACUGGUGCCAUUGGAUCCUCUGGUUAUGGAUCUCCUCCAGUGAACAAGAAAAGAAAGGCUCAGGAGCUGUUCUUUGGGUCAAUGAUUAAAGACCCUGUUCAUAGGCUCGGUCAACUUCAGCAGGAAAGCCAAAUCAAAGUUUCAGUUCCACCAUCUCCGCUGUCUUCUAUUCCUGGUCCUCGCGUUGGUAAUGCUGCAGCAUUAAGUCCUUCAAAGUUUACCUACCGGUCUCUGUUAGCAGACCUAAUCCACCCACAUGAUAUCAAGGAGCUUUGCUCUGUUUUAGUUGACUAUGCAUGGGAAGCGGGCAAGAUGCUUGCAGAUGAAAGAGAUGCUUCACUAAAACAAGCGAAGUGCCACAGUGAAGCUUCUUACCCUUCAUCAGGUGUUGAGAAGGUUAUACCUGAUGAUUGUUCAAGUGCAGUCCGGGCCGAGAAUAUUGAUGAGUCUAGUUUGGAUAGUGCUAAUGUACCAAAAGAAAGGCCAAUGUCUCCGGGAACAUUAGCACUCAUGUGCGAUGAACAGAAUACGAUUUUUACUGCGGCUGCUGCUCCCCCUAAUGACCGAACAAGCCUUAGCAAUAAUACAUCUUCCCAACUUCCUCAUGGGCAGGGCAUGAAAGAAGUCUACCCAGAACUGGAGAAGAUCGUAUUGACGCGAACCCGUGAUUGCCUUAAAAAGCUGAUCACUUUAGGAGAAUUAAAAGAAACAAAAUGUUCUUCAAUGGUGCGAGGUGCCGAUUCAGGUAGCCAAAAUGAAGUGAAUGGCAACGGCAUAGCCAUGACUGAUUCAAGGAAUCAACAUGAACCUUUCAGGAAUAGUCUUGCCAAUAGUGUUCCAACUCCUCCUCCACCUCCACCGCAAAAGGUUGAACCUGGAACUACUGCUUUUAGUAAUAACCCAUGUCCUAAAGUUCAUCCUCCGGAUGAGAAUGGUGACGUGAAAUCAAAAAGCUGAAAUAAACUGUAAAGAGAUUUAGGAUGAGGUUUGCCUCGAGCUGCUGCAUCUCUGUAAUAUUAGGCUAUUCUUUAUUCAGUUUGUCUUCGAUGCAGUGCAAGGUUAUUUCAGGCCUCAUUUGUUAGAAGUUAGAACUAACUAGCACCACUCAUGUAACCUUACUACAGUUUUCCUUAGUAUAAUUUUAUUGAAAGUUACAAUUA